UGAAAUGGCCAGAGAAUGGCAAUCACCAUUGGAGCUGCUAGAGGAGUCCAAUUCUUGCACACAGGGAUUUCACCUGGCAUUUAUGGAAACGAUUUGAGGAUUGAUAAUGUUCUGUUGGAUGAGACUCUUACAGCCAAAAUCAGUGAUUACAACAUCCCCUUGCCACUUAAGACAGGUUCAGAAAGCCAAUCCUGCAGUGAUGAGAAUGGGGAGAAGGAAGACAUUUAUCAGCUGGGGAUUCUUCUGCUACAAGUUAUUACAGGGAAACUGGCAACAUUCACAAGUGAGCUGGAUGAGCUUAAACAUCAGCUGGAAAAGAGCUUGGCUGAAGGACCAUCAAAGUUGAGAAGUGUGAUAGACCCCUCGAUAAGGGGCACUUUCGCAUACGACUCGAUGAAAGCCACAGUCCAACUCGCCAUCAAUUGCCUGUCCAAAGAUUCAACCAAACGCCCUUCCAUAGAGGACGUUCUUUGGAAUCUGCAAUACUCGAUCCAAGUUCAGGAAGGAUGGAGCAGCAGUGGAAACCUUGCCACACAUUUGUAAUACUUCAGCAAACCAUGAAUUAUAA